AAACUGUAGAGAAAGGACGGUGUUUAGGGUUAUUCUGACUUUGAGGAGGUAGGGAGACGUCACAAAUUGCAAGACGUUUACUACAAACCACAGGAAACUGUCUUCACAAUGAGAGCUUUUAUACUUCUUCUUGUGGUACUCUGUACCUCAUGUAUAGGUCUUUGUUUUAGCUAUGACUUGGGCAAAACAUACAGCUACAACUAUGUGACUGAGGUGCAUAUUAACGAGGCAGAUCCAUCUGGAAGUGACGUUGGUUUCAAGCUCUCAUCAGUAGUUGACCUUUCAAUCGUCUGGCAGAGUGGUUCGGAGCAAGUGGCUAAGAUAAGCCUUCGGGAUGUGAGUCUUUCAAACAUCGCCGACAGGUCAGACGAUCAGAACACUUUCAGUGCCCCUCCAACGACUCUCAUGGUUGUCUCGUCCCAGCCUGCCUACUUCGUCUGGACCGAGGGCAAGGUCACCCAGCUUUACGUUAGCGACAGCGAACCUGAAGGCUCGGCAGACAUCAAGAAAGGCGUGAUCAGUCAAUUUCAGAUGCAGAAGAUUGAAGGGACCAUUACAGAGACUGAUGCCUCUGGAGAAUGCACGGUCACAUAUGCCCUGGUCGAUAACAAAAUCCUGAAACUGAAAGACCUCAGCUCCUGUAAAACCGUCCAAUCAGGCGGGUUCUCCCACCAGAAAAAGGGCUUCGGUAUCGACACCCAAUCAGAAGCCUCGAUGUCAUGCAGUCUGUCAGCUGACAAGAAAGUUAUCAAAUCAGGCGUGACCUUUGAACGCUGGAGGACGUAUGUGAAUAUUAGAAGCGAGCUUUCAACAUCAGUCACAUCAAGCCAAAGCCUUGCCCUGAUCAGCAGUGAUGGUGUUGCCCCGACUCUCUCGGGGUCAACAGCAGAGGGCGCUAUCAUGGGGUCUGGUACUUUCCAGCGAGCAGAGUGGAACAGCGAUGAAAUGAACCAGCAGUGUGGGGAGGGAUGCAGGCCGCUUUCCGAGGUUGUAGCAGACGCAAGGGGCAGUCUUACGGAGAGGGCUAUUGGUAAAACUAAGUCUGUCAUGGCGUACCUGGACGUCCUUCAAGCAUUCCGCUCGGCAGGAAAAGACGCCAUUCUUCAAGCUCUAGUUUCUCCAGACAAUGUUGCCAUCAUGCCACAGUUAUUUGACGUCCUUGCAGCCACACAGACCCUUCCUGCCUGGGAGGUCAUCCAGGAGGUAGUCGACUUCUCCAGCGGAGAAAGCGGCGAGAUGUUGGAGAGAUUCCUCCUGACGAUGGCUUAUAAUAACCAUCCCGUCAAGGAGCAAAUCUCAUGGUUAAUGGGGAUGUUGAAAGAAGACAAAGUUGGAAGUCAAGACGUCCGUGCGAUGAUGGCUUUAACUGUCGCUAAACUUGUCAACUCUUACUGCUAUCUGGGAUCUGAGCAAUGUAAUGAUCAGGUUGUGACUGACGCAACGAACUGGCUUCUUGUGGGCGUCACCUCCGAAGAUCGAUUCCAGAAGAUUCUUUGUAUCAACGCCUUGAAGAAUGCCGUUCAGCCCGGCAGCAUCGCUACUCUUCUAACUGUUGCGGAGUCGGACUCUGACAUGGACGUUGUCGAGGUUGCUUUAGAUGCUCUCCUCAAGUUCGAGCCCAAGUAUUUCACUCCAAAGGUCAACAACGCUCUCAACAACAUCUUUCAUGAGGGCAGCAGACAAUAUUCAACCGUCACACGGAUUCUAGCGGCCACCCUGUUGCUAAGCAAGACACCUUCCGAGUCAGAUGUCGUCAACAUCAUCCAGUCACUAGGGGGCAGCAAACAGGUGGAGAUGGCUGUCUUUGUCUUACAGAAGGUCAUCGCACUUUCAAAGGGUUCGUCGGAAGCAAGUGAAACUAUCCGAAUAGCUUUAUCCGAUUCAAGCAUUUGGAAUUACGACUCGAUAUCCCUGCAAGGGCAGUCGGUAGCUUUUGACAGCUUAUUUCUUGACACCGAAGAUGUAUCGAUAAACUUUGGACUUGAUCUUCAGAUGACCCCGAGUGGUCUCCUCAGAAAAAGUGACUUCCACGUUGGGCUGGACUUGAAAAAUGAAUCGCUUCUCUUGAUGAAUGUUGGCAUCUUCUCUCGUGGUCUUGAAUAUUUCUUCGGAGAGGAUUCCGGCGAUACCGGUGAAGCGACUGCCGGUCUCAACAUUGAGUGUAUGGACAUGAAGCUUCGUAUGCUGGUAUUCUUCACCGGUUCCGGCGAGUUGAUGAGCAUGGCGUGGAAUAUGGGAUCAUCAGACGGACCUAUGCCUCAUAUGAGGGUGAUUGGACUGGUGCAAGAUCACUCUCAGAAACUCAACUUGCAAUCAGGGUUCGACGUCGAUGUCGGCAUUCAAGGAAGUUUAUCUCUAGAUCUCGGAGGAACUCUUGAGUUCAGUUUAUGGGACAGGUCGUCAACUACGAUUGUAUCAACUGGUGGAUCAGUGGGUAUUAAAGGCUCUACCCAAAUCAACACGCCGUUCAUCAGAACUGGGAUUAACUUCUCUGGCAAGGGAGCGACGAGGUUUGACUUCGUCACGUCAGUUCAGUUCUCAUCUCUUCCACCUCUGUCAUGCCUACAGCUCAUGACUGAACCUCUUAUUUAUAUAAAUGACGUAAGAAAAUAUGAGCAGCUUGAAAGAACCGAGAGGAAAUACGAGUCUGAGGAGAGAAGGCGGUUCAGGAUCUUAGAGCAAUCCUUUAAGCUCUUUGAUAGGAACACCCAGCCAUGCUAUGAGAUGUUUGGCAAGGAAGAGGAAGAAGAAGAAGGGGGCUGGUGGUAGAUGUUGUAGCCAGAGCUCUCAAGAAUGAAUCUCUUCUGCCCUUUUUCUUUCGGUACCUUUUGACAGAUGCACUCAAAGGUUAACAAUUUCCUAUUUGUUUUUAGUUUGUGAAGGAGCUGUACAUGAAAUCAUCUUCGCAGAUGAAAUCACCGCUGUAUAAAAUAGCAAGUUGACCUAUUGCCUCAUAACCAUUUGGAGUGAUCUUUUGUUUUAAAGGUAUUAAGCUGGAUUGGUAAGGAUAAAAAUAUUGUCAAAUUUUUAGUUUGACAGCUUAAUGAUUAUGAAGUUCACACAAACACUCACUUCACUCUGAAAUGAAGUCAUAUUCAAGAACACUGUAUCUGAAAACCUAUGAAAUGGCCACAGCUGAUUUUGGUGGUUACAACGAGAAGUACAGGGUGCGUUCGAUUAGCUUCCCUGGGUCUAUCCUGCUGUGUUAACUCGGGUGAGCCCCUGAUAAAAGCUAAACGAAACGAUCACUCACCACCCUCGUAGUGACGUUAUGCACCUGGGGCCAGCCCUAAGUGACCCACUCCACAAGCAGGGCACUAUGGGGGCUGACCCAGGUGUGCCCC